AUGGUGUGCGUCUUCCAGGUCUUUGCAGUUGGCCCUAGGGCCAAUGGCUGGAAGAUCUCAAAGUCAGACCUUCCAGCUCUGUCUUCACAUGAGACCCCGAGUUUCCUGCUACAGCAGAGCAUAGAAGGUUCCUUCAAGAACGGGUCAACGCACAGAUACAAAGAUAGUUCUGUUGAGAUUUUACACUCAUGUACAGACUGGGACAGUGAUGGGGAUGGUGACGGGCAUCAAAGAAAUCCUGGACGAUACACCCAAACCAAGACAAUUGCCCUUAAUGAGACUCUCACUGCCCCAAAUGGUGAAGGAUAUAAACCACUGUGGAAGACCUCCCUUUUUAGGUCAACUGUUUCCGCAGAGCAGUGGGUCUCUGUCGGCACAAGCUCCAAUCAAAUAUUCAACCAUAGCUAUUUGUUGACAGACCAUUUGGAACAUCUGGAAAGUAACCGAGUUCAUGCUGAAAAUAAUGAUUUGAGUCAUUUGGAAGAUAGGAUUGGCCUGACCUUAAAUCAGAGAUUUAGAAAUGAAGAACAAAGUCCUCAGUGGGAUCCAUUUGAGAGGGGCUUCACUGAGGAGUCGACCCAACAGUAUGACCAGAGGCUUUUCACUGGAGACAGAAUUACUCAAUGCACUGAAUCUGAGAAAACACUGGACCAGGGCUCCAGGGUUCACAGAUGUGUCAGGGCUAGGUUUGCAGAGAACCAUCAUGAAUGUGAUAAAUGUGGGGAAGGCUUUCAUCCAAGCUCUAACGUCAGUAUACUCCCUUCAGGAGACAGUCCUCACAAGGAUAAUGAAUGUGGGACAGCUCGUAACCAGUACUCCAGUGUUGCUGAUCAUCAGAGAAUUCAUGAGGGAAAAGGCCCAUUCAGAUCUAAUAAACCAGGGACCAUGUUUAGUCAGUCAUCAAGCCUAAACAUCAAUGAGAUAAUCCCUUUGGGAAGAGAAACUUAUAUUUUUAAGGAAUGUGGUAAAUCCUUUGACUGCCACUCAACACUAUCUCAACAUCAGCGAAUGCAUACCAGAGAAAAAGUAUACAAAUGUGAAGAAGGAAAUCAAAGCUUUAAGGACUGUUCAUCAGUAAAUGGACAUUCACAGAUCUAUUCUGGAGAGAAACCCUGCAAAUGUCAAGAAUGUGGCAAGGCUUUUAACGAUCACUCAAGUCUUAAUAGACAGCACCAAAUUCAUACUGCAGGGGAAAAUUGCAGCUGUAAUGAAUGUGCCAAAGCCUUUACAUCAUGCUCAAAACUUACUCAACAUCACAGAAUUCAUAGUGGAAAUAAACCUUACCAGUGUCAACAAUGUGGCAAGAGCUUUAAUCACAGCUCAGCCCUUACUCAACAUGACAGAAUUCAUACUGGAGAGAAACCUUACCAAUGUCAAGAAUGUGGUAAGAGCUUUAGCCAGAGGUCAUCCCUUACUCAACAUCACAGAAUUCAUACUGGAGAGAAACCUUACCAAUGUCAGGAAUGUGGCAAAAGCUUUAACCAGAGGUCAUCCCUUACUGAACAUCACAGAAUUCAUACUGGAGAGAAACCUUACCAAUGUCAAAAAUGUGGCAAGGCUUAUAACUGCCUUUCACAACUUUCUCAACAUCAUAGAAUCCAUACUGGAAGGAAACCUUACCAAUGUCAAGAAUGUGGCAAGGCUUUUACCUGGAGGUCAAGUUUUUCUCGGCAUCACAAGAUUCAUAGUGUAGAGAAACCAUACCAAUGUCAAGAAUGUGGCAAGGCCUUUAAGUGGAGGUCAUAUCUUUAUCAACAUCAAAACAUUCAUAAUGAAGAAAAACCUUACCAAUGUCAAGAAUGUGGCAAGGCCUUUAACGACAGCUCAACCCUUACACGACAUCACAGAAUUCAUACUGGAGAGAAACCUUACCAAUGUCAAAAAUGUGGCAAGGCCUUUAGCAGGAGCUCAGGUCUUACUCAACAUUACAAAAUUCAUACUGGAGAGAAACCUUACCAAUGUCAAGAAUGUAGCAAGGCCUUUAUACACAGCUCAACUCUUACUCGACAUCACAGAAUUCAUACUGGACAGAAACCAGGCAAAUGUCACGAAUGUCAAGGCCUUUAA